AUGAUAUUAUUUUUCUUUUUCAGACUAGUUGUGAUGGGAGCAGCUGGAGUUGGAAAGACGGCCAUCAUUUCUCAAUUUCUCUACGACCAAUUUGUUAGUGAAUACAAAGAAACAGUUGAGGAGCUGCACAGAGGCGAGUACGACAUGAAUGGUAUGCACCUGACCUUGGACAUUUUAGAUACAUCCGGUUCGUUGUGUUUUCCCGCCAUGAGAAAGCUGGCUAUCGACAACGGGGAUGCUUUUGUUCUAGUGUACUCUGUUGACAGCGAGUCGUCUUUCCAGGAAAUCUCCUCCUUAAGGCAACAGAUACUGGACGAAAGAAGCGACAAAGAUGUCCCUAUUGUGAUUGUUGCCAACAAAACAGACAUAGGCGUCUCCAAUAGAGCCAUUUUAUCAGAAACUGCAGAAAGCCUGGUGUGUAUGGACUGGGGAAACGGCUACGUAGAAGCUUCGGCCAAAGACAAUAUAAAUAUUGUGGGUAUCUUCAAGGAAAUCCUCAGACAAUCAAAGGUCAGGUAUGAACUCAGUCCUGCUGUCCGCAGGCGGCGGGAAUCAAUGCCAUCUACAACAGAUAAGAAAAAGAGCAAGCUGGCAAAGAGGAGAACACAGAGCAUUAACACAUAA